AUGAAGUGGCCGUCGAGUGCCGACCCAACCGGUAAGUCCUUCCUUUUUCAUUAGUACACAUCUAUUUCCCCCCUGCACAUUUGCUCCAAAACUAUGGCCAGAUUCGAUUGCCAUUAUUUUCUACGCAUUUAUGCCGGCCGGCUCCCAUAAGGCUAUGGUCGCAUUACAUUAGGAGGGUCCACCACUUUUUCGUCUCGUGUAUGUAAUACAAGGAAACCCAUAACCUUGAAUGGCCUUCGAUGUGUGCGUCAGCCAUUCAGAAAUUGAAUCUGAGAAAAAUGAGCUGGCCUUGUGAGGAGAACGUUUCUCAAUUUCGUUCUGUAGAGCCGCAACCCGAUGGUAUCGUGACUUCGUCAUUUGGCCGGGACGUCGAGUCGGUUGCCUUCGCGGUUCUUCUCUUCCUUGCCGGCGGUAUCAUUCUCUUCAUUUCGUGCUUUUUCGUCACCAAAUGCCUUCAGUGCUACAAAGCCAGACAGCGAAGGUUGGUCGUUUCUCAAAAUCCAGGAAGAUAAUUCAAAUUUUUCCUUAUUUUUCAGACUACGACGUAAAGCUCUCGGCGAGGACGACGAAGACGACGACGAAGAUGAGGAUGACGAGAACGAUGUGGCAAGUGAAAUUGACGAGGACGAGCCACAGACUGCCAUCACCAAUUCGAAUCCGGAUCUCGUCAAAGUCUAA